AUGAUGAGAACUGUCUUCUUUCUGUUUUUAUUCGUCAGCAGUAUUGUUAUUGCCGAACAAUGGCAAAAUAUGAAUGGAGAACAAGAAGUUAUUUCCCCUGAUAAUUAUUUUGACAGCAGUUACUCAGCUUGCACUGAAUGUUCAGAGAAAUGUCCAUGGAAAUGCCAUGACGAUAGCCGUUUUAGAGCAGAGCAACGUAGAUUCUUCUUCAAUUCUAAAAGAGCAAUGAUGAGACUUGGAAAGAGAGCCGUGAUGAGAUUAGGAUAA